UUACAUCCUCUGAGCAUGCUAAACGUUUCCUAUCAAACUUGCGUCACUUAUAAAUGCCCCAUACAUCAGGAGAAAAUUUUUAUAAAUAGAUCAGUCAACGCCAUUUUCCGCCCAGCUAUGUUCUUCCGUUUUGCAUUGUUGUUAAUUUGUGUAACUUUUGCGAGUUCCUCUUUGGAAAAAAAAUUCCAUGUAAAAUGCCUGUCCGAAACGAAGGUUUCUUUGCGGGAAGUCAGGGAGGCCAACUUUACCAACGUGAGGAGCUUAUCUGAUCCCCUCCUCUACUAUAUCAAAUGCGUGGAAAUCAAGGAGAACUACAUUCAAGAAAAUGGAAAAGUUCUAGAGAAGAGAUAUAGGGAGAAACUGAACUCAGAAACCGAACGAAUCGUGAGAUGUUUGAAAGAACUUCCCCAAGUUUACGAUAGUAAGGAGAUAAGAUUGUUCAUACAAUGUUUUGAUUAAAAAUAUAAAUAUGGAAAUAAAUUGUGAGAGAAAUCUGAA